UUUAACGCGCCAUUCCCGCCGUCACCGCCGCCGCCGCCGCCGCCGCCGCCGCCAUGUCGCCGCUCGCCCGCUCGCUGCUCGCGCUCGCCGCGCUGCUCGCCGCCGCCGACGCCGAGCCAAACCCUUUUUGUGAUAGCCUGGAUUUGGGAAGAGAUUAUGGCUUUCCAUUGAGUAACUACCAGAAAUUUACGCUAACUGUUGCCGGUGGCAAAGUCGUCAUUCCUGAUAAAUGUUCCAGACCAGGAAACAAAAUAGUCGGCGAGUCUAUCAGCGUAUGUAACACGCCAAACUCAAAGCCCAUAAUCAUGCCAGCGUUGCAGACACAGUAUCAUUUCAAACCGAACUUCGCUCUGGUGGAUAUCAGGUGCCCACGCGAUGUCGCUGGCUGCGAUCGGCUCAAGGUUGAAAUCUGGCAGUUUUGCGAAAUGGUGACAGCACCUCAAUGAGCACGGAAAUCCUUCCGUCUAACCACCUAAUAUUUUCCUAUUCACACUCCCGUGUACUAUUUCCUUAAUUUUUAUUUCGCCCUUGCAGAUUUGUAACCUGUCGAUUGUAAUAAGAAAAUUUUUUAAGGUGGUGUGUUAGAGGGUUCUUAAUCAAUAAAUUAAAUAAUAAA